UCCGUCCCGUCCGGCGGCGCCAGGAACUUUCGCUUCGUUCCUUCUUCACAAGAUGGACUGGAACGAAGACGACAAUGGUCACGGCCACAAGCACGACGGCGGCUGCCAACACGGACACACGGGCCACUCCCACGGGCCCAGAGCGGCGCCCGCCUUCGCGACGGACCAGGCGAUGGACAUCAGUCAGCAGCCGAAGAGACGGUCGCACCUGGAUGAAAGCGGCAGUUGGGACAUCGUGAAGGCAACGCAGUUUGGUAUCCUCGAGCGCUGUAAGGAGCUGGUGGACGCGGGAUACGACGUCAGGCAGCCGGACAAAGAGAACGUCACGCUGCUGCACUGGGCGGCCAUCAACAACCGCUCAGAGCUGGUCAAGUAUUAUAUUUCCAAAGGGUCGACAGUGGACCAGCUCGGAGGAGACCUGAACUCGACUCCUCUUCACUGGGCCAUAAGGCAGGGCCACCUCCCCACGGUGAUCCAGCUGAUGAGAUACGGAGCCGAUCCCGCCGUCGCAGACGGAGAAGGUUACCGCGCUCUCCAUCUCGCCAUCCUCUUCCAGCACAUGGCCAUAGCGGCUUAUCUCAUGGCUAAGGAGCAGGAAGUGGAUGGACCCGACUGCAACGGUCAGACGCCGCUGAUGUUAGCGGCCCAGAAGAUUAUUGGGCCUGAACCCACAAACUUCUUAAUCAAGAAUAACGCUUCUGUGAAUGCGGUGGACAAAGUGAACAGGAACUCCCCGCUGCACUGCGCCGUGCUGGCAGGAAACGUAGACGCCGCCCACAUCCUGCUGGAGGCCGGCGCCAGCGUGGACGCAGAAAACAUCAACGGUCACACGCCCAUCGACCUGGCCCACCAGGUGCACAGCCCGCUGCUCGUCCACAUGCUCGACCAAGUCAAGCAGGAGAGGAUUCGCUCCAACUCGCGCUGUCUGCGGCUCUUCAACCGAUACAGGUUCUUUCUGCAGUUUCUGCUCUCCACUGCCAUGUUUGGAAGCGUUGGCGCCGUAGUGGAACUGAAGUCUGACUCGUGGUUGCUCAAAGGGACCCUGCUGGCCUGUGUGAUGGGCGUGGUCAAUCUGGCCUCCAGGAACUUCCCGAGCCCGUCCUUCCAGACUCUCCUCCCAGCGUCGACUCUCAUGGCCUCAGUGUUCUGGAUGCUCGUCACCUGGUUCCUCUGGUUCCUGCCAGAUGAGUCCAGCACCACAGUUCAGGUCUUGUUCACUCUGAAUGCCACUGCUCUGCUCUACUAUUACCUCCGCACCUGCAGGACCGACCCCGGCUUCGUCAAGGCAACCGAAGAAGAAAAGAAAAUGAAUGUGUUGGUGUUGGCUGAAGCCGGCUGUCUGGACCCCAGGAUAUUCUGCACUUCCUGCAUGAUAAAGAAACCAAUGAGAACGAACCACUGCUUCCAGUGUGACGGCUGCGUGGCGAAGCAGGAUCACCACUCCGUCUGGACCAACGGCUGCAUCGGUGCGAGGAACCAUCACUACUUCAUCCUCUUCCUGCUCUCCCUCGUGCUAAUGGGAGCCUGGAUGUUCUACGGCUGCCUCACAUACUGGUCGACUCACUGCGCGCUGCAUUACGAGGAGCAGGGCGUGUGGGGCGUGGUCUCCGCCCUGGUCGGCUGCUCCCCCUGGCUGCUCAUUGUCUUCCUGCUGGCCUUCUAUCACACCUGCUGGUCCGGCUUGAUCCUGGUGCUGCAGCUCUACCAGAUUGCCUUCCUGGGACUGACCACAGUGGAGCGGACGAAUCUGACGCUUCACCAGAGGAAACUCCGACAAUCCGUCUCCCUCAGGCAGAAUCCAUUCAAUUUGGGCGUCGUGAGGAACCUGGCGUCCUUUUUCCACCUGCGUUGCUGCGGCCUCUUCAAACCGGCCGUCGUCGACUGGACGCAGCAGUUCCCGCCCGGCCGCGACCAGCACGUGUUCGGAAACACCGACAUGGUCUGACCCGACUCGCUCAGGGUCAAAGGUCAGACUCUCACAGCGGCACCUGGGCCAAAAGCACAAAGUGUAUAUAUUUUUUUUUUUUACGGUUUUUGCUCCUCUUGAAGAGAGACCACGGUACUUGUAGGUGUGUGGUGGGGACACACACAUACACACACACACACACAACGCAUUGUGUAGAUAUAUAUCGUUUGAUUCAGUUGCUCUUUGUACAGACUAAUGUUGCCUUAUACUUGACCAAUGUAAGUGGAAUGGAAAUAACUAAUGUUUUACUUUGGCCUCUAAAUGCCUAAAUUGUAAUUUAAGUUUUGAGAUGUUUUUUAUGAACACAUCAAGCCUAUUUUAUAUCAUCCGUUCUAAGGGGGCGGGGGAUCUUUGUACGUGUUCAACGGUUGGUUUUUAUGACUUUUGUAAGAGUUGCAUGUGUUUCAUCAUGAAUGACCACGAUAGUACUUCAUUAAAUCAAUGUCGUGCCUGUUCCUUUAAACCGGCUCCGUCUGGACUCUCGGGCCUCUGAAAUGUCCUGAUUACUGUGCAGGUUGUUCCACUAUUGGUCAUUUUUCGAGCCUCGUUUUGAAAGACUUGUGAAGCGAACAUGUUUUUUUGUUUUUGUGCACGGGUCGCGUGCAUCACAUUCUUUCUUCUUCUUUUUUCUACGCUUUGUUUACCGAUAUUUUUAUAUAAACAAUGAGACGAACCACUUUGAGUUCAUUUAAAAGGGAGUCUGUGAGGGCAGCCAUUGUGAUCCAAAGUGCGGGUUCAGGCUUUAAAAAAACCAAAGACAUCUGCAGCGGACUAACACGCUAAUGGCUCAGUUGAUCUAAUCGACGGAUCUGUACGGCUGGAGUUCUCCAGAAAGAAUCGAGCGAAAGCACCACUUUGUAUCUUGUGUCCACCGGAGAGAUUCUGGGAAAUAAGUCAUUCAGCAUGAAAGAAAAAGCAAUAAUAAAAAAACAUCCGCUCGACCGGGAGGGGGGGGGGGCGCCUUAAAAGGCACAAUAAUAGUUCACCGUAUGAAGUCAUCUCUUCUGAUUUAAUGCUUUUACUUUGAAAAGGACACGUCUGAUCCAUCGCGCUCGGCCAUCGUUUGAGAGAAGUGAACUCAUCUGGUUUGUUCAUCACUCGUUGCCUUGAUCGCUCUAAUUAGUUGUUGCACAUAAUUAUUUAUGAAUGCAAAUAAGAUUCUAUUGAUAAUUUAACCUGAACACGAGGAGGCACGGCUAAUUGUCUUCUCGCAGCAGGAGGGAACACAUUGAUGCACAGGGAUGGGCAAGUUGUUCUCAUCAUAAUUAGUGAUGCAAACGAAAUGAUUACGGAAGAUGUUCCGCAUGUGUGUGAACGCGCUGUCUCCUCUUUCCCUUCAUGUAUGAACACAAUGUCUCAUUUUUUCAUGAAUAAAAGUCUUUCAAGAUACA